AUGCCACCACGGAAAAGCAACGUCUCUGUGGCGUCCAAUGCACCAGAUGAGGGCGCAGACGACACACCAGCACGAAGUUCUAAGGAUGGCGUAAAUGAUCUCAGCCUUCCAAAAUCGAUGAUUGCACGCCUCGCCAAAGGUGUCCUACCCGCGAACACCCAGAUACACAAAGACGCGCUGCUAGCACUACAUAAAAGUGCGACCGUUUUCGUUAGCUAUAUUGCUUCCAACUCGAGCGAGAAUGUACAAGCUAGUGGCAAGAAGACGGUCAUGCCACCAGAUGUUAUGGCCGCUCUGAAAGACGCCGAGUUUGAAAACUUCCUACCGAGGCUUGAUGCAGAGCUCAAGAAGUACAAUGAUGUACAGUGCGACAAGCGCAACACAUACCGCCGGAAGGUCAAGGAGGAGAAGGCGGCAGCUGCUGCUACUGGAGAGCACGACGAACCCUCCGCUACAGAGGAGAACGACGCUCAGGCUGCCAAUGGAGUCGCUAACGGUCACGAUGCCCUGGGCGACGACGAGCGACCCGUAAAAAAGCUAAAGGGCGGAAGUGGCGAAGCGGUUGCACCGGGUACCUACCCUGCGGAUCAUGAAAUGUUUGACGACGGACCAUCGGUUGACCAUGACGAUCCUGACGAGCAUGACCCUGACGAUGAUGACGAGGAGGAAGAUGAAGCAGAUGAUGCGGUUAAUGAGGACGGAGAGCAGGAAGAUGCGGGUGAUCCGGUUGAGGACCUAAAUGGUAGGGGCGAAAUGCAGGAUGAGGCUCUGGAUGAGCCCGACAGCGAUUAG